AUGAACUCCCGCAUGCUUCCCAGUUGGAGCACUGUAAGCCUUCUGCGCUUCACCUUGCACAGGAUCAAGAUAUUUGAGAAGCUAUUCGGGGAGGAAUUGUGUCGCCACUCUGACUACCACAAUCUGUUGUCAACCAACAGUUUGGUUUCAGAUCAUUUCGAUCCACCUCAGACCUGUCUGCUGCCGCUCCCCAGAGACUGGCAGGAUGCACUGGACAAUGGUCUGGACACCCUCGUGAUCGCACUUGACAUAAUGGGGGCCUUCUACCGGGUGUGGCACAGGGGCCUCCUGAAGAAGAAUCGAGCAAAGGAAAUCGAGGGGAACCUCCUGCUUCUAGCAGACUACCUGCGAGGGAGGACCCUCAGAGUUGUCAUCAACGGUCAGACCUCCAGAGACUUUCCAUUCGAGGCAUUGGUCCCUCGGGGAUCUGUUUUGAUGAUUGCACCCUAUCGUGCUCUUAUCCCCGCCAGGAUAGCCAGCGAGCAGUCCAGAGAGUAA